AAAUUGAACGCCUCCUUCGCCCAAUCACAUCAUCCUCUUUCCCCUCGCAGAAACCUUUCAAAACCCUCGCUAUACUGCUACCCUCUCACCACUAGCUUGGUGGUGCUCCGACGAUUAGCCUUUUUAUCACCGACUUCUCCGGAUUUAACAGCCACCACUUCGCCGGUAACAAUGGCGUCUCCCGUUCCUUCCGAUGUUUGCGAUGGACCAGUCCUCAGUCUCAUCAACAAGCGUCUCCGCGCCCUUCGCAAGAAGCACAAUCGCAUUCUUCAGAUGGAGGAGGCUAUUGCUCAAGGAAAACCCAUCAACAAAGAGCAAGAGGAAGUCCUUCGCUCUAAACCUACUGUGUCUGCCCUAAUCGAUGAGCUUGAAAAGCUUCGCCCACCGCUUGCGUCGGCUGUCUCCGAGGAAAUCAACUUGGCUGUUCAACGCCAGCAGGCAAGUGUCUCCCCUCAACCCGUUUCAACUGAUGAUUCACCUUCUGAGGUUGUGGAUGACAAGACCCGUGACGAGAAAGACCAGUACGAGCACGCUGUGGUCGAAGAUCUUCUAAACCUCCUCUACUUUGGCUCUUUGUUUGACGUCAAGUCUCAAAGCGAUUUCACUUCGACGAUGCUUACGAGAACGCACGAGAGGGGUUGCUGCCUCACGUACGAUUAUGUCACUGACGAUGCUACCGAUCUUCUGGCCGAGAGGGAUCUGGAUUUGAUAUCGACGAUGAGCGGGCUACUGAUCUCUCGUCCCGUAGAUUCGAAUUUGCCGCAUAAGAAUGCGUUGGAGCGUUGCAUCGAGCACGCUAAUCUUUGGCUCACGAAGGCAGACAAGUCUAUUGGGCCCAACACGGAUGUUACUUAUGCGAACUUGAGAGAGAGGCUGCACAAGAUAAUGGCGUCGGAGUACUUCACUACCACGCCUGAGAUAAAAGGUCCUGUUGAAGUAGCUGCUGUUGCUGCAGGAAAUUAUGCCAAUUUCCAGGUUCCGGUAGCUGUCCAUGAAGAAGAUUCUGUUGCAAAGUUUCAACAAACGGACGUUGACGUGGGAGAAUUGCAAGGAGAUGAUAUCAGUGAUGAUCAACCUGGUUCUGCUGACGAGUUGCCCAGAGAUAUGCCGGAGGCCGGAAAUUCUUCUGAACUCCUCAUAUCACAGCAAGAAGUGAGAUCAGAAGAAUUUGAGCUGAAACAUGGGGAUGGAGAUGCAAAAGAACAGCAAUAUGUUCCUCGAAGGUCCUAUAUGAACCAAAGAGGUGGCAGAAGAGGAGGAUACCCUAAUGGUCGUGGAGGUCGCGGUGAUGGAAGGGGUGGAGGUUCCUACCAGAAUGGACGCCCUCGAUACUAUGACCAGUCAGGAAAUUAUUACCAGAGGAACUACUAUAAUGGUCGAGGAAGAGGUGGUGGGAGGGGUGGUGGCGGCCACUCAUACAACAGCCAUGGUUCAGCCCAAGGUGCUCCCAACUCUGCAAGUAUUGGCGUGGCUUCGUGAUUAUUCUAUGAAUGUCCUUGGGGGCUGUUUCUCAGAAGUGGAUGGGUGGUUCGCAUGUCUGUUGCUUUUCAUUAUUCCCUCUCCCCUAUUUGGACAUUGGUGCUCGUUGAAUUCACCAUCCAACAUCUUGUUUUUUGUAGUUCUAGUUUUGAUGGAUCCAAUGGAAGCUGUAUAAAAAGGCAGAUAUCGCCAAACCACCAUUUGAUCCUAAGUUAUUUUGUGGACGUGAGUUGAUGAUGAUGCUUAGAUAUUUUAAGGUUUGAUAUGGUUAUCUCGUUUUAGUUAUUGAGUAUGCGUAGUUCUUAA